CCAGUGGCGUGAAAUCUGGCUUCACUUUCACAAUGGCGGCGUCGGAAGAGGCGACGUAUUUCGUUGUAAACAACAUUCCUGGCCGGCUCCGAUCCGCAGACCUGAGGAACUAUUUCAGCCAGUUUAUAGAAAGUAAAGGAUUCGUGUGUUUCCAUUAUCGCCAUCGUCCGGAGGUUCGUGUGCAGUUUCCUGCGGCAGAAGCAGGAGUCAGCGAGCGGACGGAGGGUUCCGACGGUCCUGGUGGGAAACACCCGGGUUUGUGUUGUUGUGUGGUAUCUGUUCGCUCAAAGGAAUCCGACAGAUUCAUGAAGAUGUAUUCAGGGAACCAGUGGAUCGACUCUCAAGGAAACUACCUGCGGAGAAAAUGUUUGAUUCGGAGAGUUAAAGUGUCAGAGCAGGCCGAUCAUAAUUCAUUCCCCUACAAGACAAAGAUUGAGAUGAGACGCCACCUUGCCCAGUCAGAGCAUUUCACCAUGACUGACCUCAAGGGCCUUCCGGAGCUCAAUCCGCCCUCCCUCAUGCCAUCGGGGAACGUCGGGACACCUGUGACUGUUUUCCUUCAGCUCAUUCAGUCCUGUCGUCUGCCGCCGCGCCUCAUCCGCAAGCUGGGUCUCACUUUUCCCAAGACGGGCUCGAAUCGGCGCUACGGCAACGUGCCAUACAUGUAUUACAACAGCACAGUCGUGAGGUCCUCAGAGGAGAGCGUGUUCACUGCGGGAGGAGUGGAGAUCUCGGGCCCUGGGGGCCUGGACACGCCCACAACCACACAAACAGUAGAUGAGGACACGCCCACUUUACCUGUCAAUCAAGAGUCACAGGAAGCAGAAAGUGAAGAGGAGCUGUCAGGCCCUGAUGAUGACGAUGACCGCUGUGAGGAGUGGGAGCGUCACGAGGCCCUCCACGAUGAUGUCACCAGCCAGGAGCGCUCCAAAGAGAGGCUCUAUGAGGAGGAGAUCGAGCUCAAGUGGGAGAAGGGCGGAUCCGGCCUCGUCUUCUACACAGACGCUCAGUUCUGGCAAGAGGAAGAAGGAGAUUUCGAUGAGCAAACAGCAGACGACUGGGACGUGGAUAUGAGCGUCUAUUAUGACCGAGACGGCGGAGACAUGGACUCCAGAGAUUAUGUGCGCAUGCGCUCUGAAACGAGACUCCGGGAGGGUCUGGACGGGCUGCCGGGACGCCAACAGAAAAUUGGCAACUUUGAGAGGUUUACAAAGGGAUUCGGCAGGCGUGUGAUGGAGAAACAGGGCUGGAAGGAUGGAGAAAGUCUCGGGAGCAGUCAGGUGGGAAUAACCGAUGCUUUAGAGAGCGAAGGACAGCAUCCCAACUGUAAGAGAGGCUUUGGAUACCAUGGAGAGAAGCUCAGCUCAUUCCUUCCACUUAAGAAACCCAGAAAAGAAUUUCAUAUAUCAACAAUUUAUGAUAAACCUAAAGACAUUGAUAAGGGUGAUGAACUCCUGCGGCGUCAACCAAGCACCAGCAUGAAGCACAAACUCUGGCGGCCAGCGGGCAGCACUCACUCCACCAGAUGACUGCUGUUUUAUAGUGAUAUCCACUAACAUUUUAUAAAGACUGGGUAUUUAUUGUCUGUCAAAGUUUGUUCUUAUACAGAGCUGUAAAUAUUUUUUUUUUGUAAUUUCUGUAUUAAAAGUGUUCAAAGGAAAGAAACAUA